AACCAACAUGUCGGAUAACUUGGAAGUGGUUGAUAUUACCAAGCUUAAUGCUUUGGCAGCCGGUACCAAUAAACGGACUCCCAGAGUUGUUGCUGCUGGUCUUGGGGGUAAGUUAAUGGGUACCAAAGGAUUAGUCAAUGUUACUGCUGAACAGAUUGCAGAUGACUCGGUUAAAGCCAUGGAUACUAAGAAUGCCAAAUCGAUGACUUUGGCGGAAAAAGAUGAAUUGGAUAAACAAAAGUACCUGAAGAUUCAACAUAUUAGUGAAAAACCAUGGACUUUAUCUAAUUGGUACCAACAUAUUAAUUGGCUUAAUAUGAUAUUGGUUGUGGUUAUUCCAGUGUAUGGUUUUGUCAGUGCAAUUAGAUAUCCUCCUCUGUGGAAAACCACUCUUUUAGGAUUGGUUUUAUACGUUUUCAGUGGGAUUUCCAUCACUGCUGGUUACCAUCGUUUAUACGCUCAUAAAUCUUAUGAUGCAGCAUUACCAGUCCGGUUAUUUUUCGCUUUAUUUGGUGCUGGUGCAGUAGAAGGUUCAAUCAAAUGGUGGGGGCAUUCUCAUCGUGUUCAUCAUCGUUACACCGAUACUCCCAGAGAUCCUUAUGAUGCCAGGCAAGGGUUCUGGUACAGUCAUAUGGGAUGGAUGUUGAGUAUCCCUAAUCCUAAGAACCGUGCCAGAGCCGAUAUCAGUGAUUUGACUAGUGAUUGGGUGGUUAACUUCCAACAUCGUCAUUAUUUAACCUUGAUGGUCUUCAUGGCUCUUGUUUUACCUACUUUGAUUGCCGGUUUAGGUUGGGGGGAUUACUGGGGGGGGUUUAUCUACGGAGGGAUUUUGAAAACCUUUGUUAUUCAACAAGCCACCUUUUGUGUUAAUUCUUUAGCCCACUGGAUUGGGAUUCAACCUUUUGACGAUCGCAGAACCCCUAGAGAUCACGCCGUCACUGCGUUUGUUACUUUCGGGGAAGGUUAUCAUAAUUUCCAUCAUGAAUUUCCUUCUGACUACAGAAAUGCUUUGAAAUGGUACCAAUACGAUCCAACCAAAAUCACCAUUUGGUUCUUAUCCAAAAUUGGUUUGGCCUGGAAUUUGAAAACUUUCAGUCAAAACGCAAUUGAACAGGGUCUUAUUCAACAAGAACAGAAGAAAUUGGACCGUAUGAAGGCUAAAUUGAACUGGGGAUCCCAAGUUUCUGAAUUACCAGUGUGGGAUCGCGAAGAAUUCAAUACCAGAGCUAAAAAGGAAGGGUUAUUGAUCAUUGCCGGGAUCAUCCAUAAUGUUUCUAAGUUCAUUAAAGAACAUCCGGGUGGUCAAGCCUUGGUUAGAGCCAGUAUUGGUAAAGACGCCACCAAGGCCUUCAACGGGGCAGUCUAUGCUCACUCAAACGCUGCUCAUAAUUUAUUAUCUUCCAUGAGAGUGGCUGUUUUACAAGACGGUGAUGUCAGAAGUAAUACUUUUGACUUGCAACAAGAAUAUUUGGAUAAAAAAAUCGAGUAAGUAAUUAAUUAACGGGUAUGAUAAUUUCAUUGUAAACAUGUAGUAAUCCACUCAUCUGUCAUUUAGUUAAUCUGGUAGUACUCAUCUGUCAUUCGGUUCAUCUGGUAACUCAGCUAAGUUAAUCUGGUAAUAGUACUCAUCAAUAAUCAGACGAGGGAUGACCUUGGAGGUACGGAGGGACGAUAAAGUGGUGUUACUUUUUUUAUCGCACCACUUGGGUGUAAAAGUAACACCACUAUUUUGCAACAAUCAGGUUACUAUUCUACACUGGAUUAGUAUAUAAACUGGGAUGGGAUCCUCGUUUAGCCAUCUUCUCCUGUCAUCAAGAUCAUCAACUCGCUUAUAUAUUCACUACAAAUACAAAUACAAAAUGCCUGCUACUCAUCUUGC